AUGGAAGCAAGAGCUAAAGGGGGAAGGCUUCCCGAGGAAGAAGAGUUACACACUGAAGGAAGCAGUAGCAACCGAAUCAGUAGUCUUCCGGAUGAUAUAUUGCAUCACAUACUCUCCCUUCUACCCGUCGGAUCCACUGCACAAACCAGUGUUUUGUCUAGACAAUGGAAUCAUUUAUGGGCUUCCCUUCCUAUCCUAGACUUCUCCGAUGUUAAAGGUGGAGCAGUGGAAUUCAUAAGCAAAGUACUGAGACACCGCCAUGAAAACUCCAAUUUAAAGGUUUUUAGGGUUAAAGGAUAUCUGAGUUCUUCUUGUUUGUAUUCUUGUAUUGAUCGGGUGGUGAAGUAUAGGGUUGAAGAACUUGCACUCGAUGUCUCCUUAACUGACAAGUAUUUUUCCGAUGACGCAUUCGGUUUGCCUAGUUUGUUCAAGUGUGAUUCGUUGAGGAGCCUCACAUUAGCCACCUAUAAAAAUCCAUAUUAUUCGCCAUCAAUUCCAAAACCAUACUUUGGUCUUUUAUUAUCUUCUAAUGCUGUGGCUAAAAGUGGUCUGCACCAACUUCACACAUUGUCUCUAACUCGUGUGGAGUUUUUGGAUAGUGCUUUGGAGCUGGAUUUAUUUUCUGCUUCUUCUUUACCUUCUCUUGAGAAAUUAAGUAUUACAAAUUGUCAAGGCAUCGCUCAUCUCAAAAUUACUUGUCCAAACAUCAAAGAUGUACACAUUGUCAAGAUGUUUCUUAGCAGCCUGCACAUCUCCGGAAUGAGACUAGAGAAUUUGGAAAUCACACACUCUUUUGAAGUAAGGGUUAAUGGAAAUCGGGUCAAAAUUUUUGCCCCGAAUCUGAAAACUUUCUGGUGGCAACAUGACUACGGUACGGAGGAAAGUUUUGCUCCGAGCUUUCCCAUCCUGAGAGCAUGUCACCUGGCUUGUUUCGGUAAAGUAGUCGAUGUGACCAUGGCGAAGCCAACAGUCAAUCUUCUUUGUGGAUCUUCGCAGGUUCAGAAGCUUUGCAUUUAUGAUAGCUAUCUCCGGAUUCUAUCGGAUAUUUAUUUUGAAGGCGGUCUACCGUACUCAUUCAUGAACCUUAAGACAUUGCAAAUUUUUAUUAGGGUUUUCAACAAAGAUGUCAUCCCAGGUAUAACAUGCCUAUUCAUGAGCUCUCCCAAACUACAUACUCUGAGUAUUUACACAAUGAACACAUAUCUCGAAACUUAUUUACCGACAUGGCACAACAUUUUGCUGGACGAUGCCGGUUGCACUGAAGAGCAAUUCUGGGAAAGUCAAGCUCAAAUUUUGAGUCACUUCCUAGGUCACUUGAAGGUAGUGAAUAUUCAUGAUUACUCACAUAGAAUCAAUGAGAAUGUGAUUAAGUUUGCAAGGUUUUUGCUUGAACACGGAAGGAGCUUGCAAGAAAUCAUUCUUCAUUCCCGACACCCGAGCAGGAAGGAGAAAAUCGGUUCAGUGCUCGAGGGGAUCCCUCGAGCAUCUGCUGGUGUCAAAAUCUCCGUUGCUUUGGCUACUCUGGCUAAAUUUUCCGAUGCGUGCGACAGAGCGAAAUCGAAUUUUUUUCCUUUUUGGUAA